AUGGCCGAGAAAAAGAAGAUUCUUGUUAUCGGAGCUGGAGCAUCUGGCCUUCCUUGCCUCAGACAUUCGCAAUUCUACCCAAAUGUCGAUGUUGUGUGCUUUGAGAAAUCGAAUGAUAUCGGAGGAUUGUGGAAUUACAAACCAUACGAAACUGAGUUAUCGUCGGUCAUGAAAUCCACAGUGAUCAACACAUCGAAAGAAAUGACCGCGUAUUCGGAUUUUCCGCCCGAAGAUGAUAUGGCGAAUUUUAUGCAUAACACUGAAAUGUGCAGAUAUUUGAAAAAUUACGCGAAACAUCAUGGUCUGUUGGAAUACAUCAAAUUUAAUCAUAGUGUCAACAGCAUUCGGCGAGAUGAAAACUACGCGCAGAAUGGAAAAUGGAUAGUGAAUUAUACAAAUGAGAAACGAGAAACAAAGGAAGAGGUUUUCGAUGGUAUUCUAUUGUGUUCGGGACAUCAUGCGAUACCAUAUAUUCCCAAAAAAUGGCCGGGACAGGAUGAAUUCAAAGGAAGAAUUAUCCAUGCCCAUAGCUAUAAGGAUCAUAAAGGAUACGAAGAUAAAAUCACAGUUGUUGUUGGAAUCGGCAAUUCCGGUGGAGAUUGUGCUGUUGAAUUGAGCAGAAUCUCGAAGCAAGUGUAUUUGGUGACCAGACGAGGAAGCUGGAUAUUCAGCAGAUUGGCUGCGAGAGGGGAGCCGCUUGAUUUGUCCGUCAACACAAAAUUUUCAAUGGAUUAUUUGAAAUUCGUUCCAUUGCCGAUAGUGAAUUUCGUUUUGGAACAAUCAUUGAAUGCCAAAUUCGAUCAUGAACGUUAUGGUCUGAAACCGAAGCAUCCAGUCACCGCGGCUCAUCCGACUUUGAAUGAUGAACUUCCGAACAGAAUAGCCAGUGGAACGGUCCGUGUGAAACCGGGUAUCCGCGAAUUCACCGAGAAUGGUAUCAUAUUCGAUGAUGGAAGUGUUGUGGACCAUGUCGACGAAGUGAUCCUCGCCACCGGAUAUUCUUUCAAUUUCAAUAUUGUGGAAGACGGUGAUUUGAUCAAAGUCAAGGAAAAUGACAUGGAUGCUUAUAAGUACAUGUUUCCUGUGACGACUUGCGAUCACAACACCAUCGGAAUCAUCGGUCUUGUUCAGCCAACCGGUUCGAUCAUGCCUCUGUCGGAAAUGCAGGCGCGUGUUUUCUUCGAAGCAUUUGUCGGAAAUAUCGAGUUACCAUCGAAGGAAGAGAUGCAAAAAGACAUUGAUGCGAAGAAGGAAGAGAUGAGAAAUCGAUAUGUCGCUAGUCGUCGCCACACGAUUCAAGUCAAUUAUCUAGAUUACAUCCACGAACUCGGCGAGUUGAUCGGAGCAAAUCCAAACAUGAAGCAUUUAUGGACGACUGAUCCACGAUUGGCAAUGAAGGUCUAUUUCGGACCAUGUCUACCAUAUGCCUUCCGUCUGAAUGGUCCGAACCCUUGGGAAGGAGCGAGACAAGCAAUCAUGGAUUCGGAAUUCAGAACUAUUCGUUCAACGAAUCCGAAGCUUCAAAGAAAAUCGAGAAACUAA